UCAUUUAAUCUUUUUAACAUUUCACGGUAAACUAAAACGUAGAGUGUUGCUUUUGACCCAAUCACUACCGGAGGCUGUGAGCUCAGAGGUGGAAUCGGAAUCCCAACUUCCUGGUCGCUUUCAGCUCAGAACAAUUCCGCCUCUGCCGGUUCCGCACUUCCGGUCUCCACCACCCAAGCGGUCCCGCCCGCCAGCUCCAGGAAAACCACACUUCCCAGAGUGCACUGCGACGGCGGCGGCCUCAGGCCGGCGCUCCUUCGGCGGCGCCAUUUCUGUAGACGGAAACGGCGGUGGGGCCUGUAGUCAUGGCGCUGUUCCCCGCCUUUGCGGGCGUUAGUGAGGUCCCGGAUGGCGGGAAUUCCAGGAAAGAGUUAGACUGGCUGAGCAACCCGAGCUUUUGUGUUGGAACUAUAACAUCGCUAAGCCAGCAAACGAGAGAGGCCACAGACCUUGUUUCUGCAGAGUCACCCCCAACAAGGAGUCCUCUGAAAUCAGAGCCUUCAGAUGAAAGUGACACUGACAAAAAACUCAAACAAACCAGCAAGAAAAAGAAGAAAGAGAAAAAGAAGAAAAGGAAACACCAGCACCACAAGAAAGCAAGGAGAAAACACGGACCAUCGAGUAGCAGUGGAUCUGAGCCAGAUACUGAUUCUGAAACGGACAGAUCCUCCAAAAGUUUCAGAGGCAGUAAAAAGGAAUCUGAGAAACCAAACGAAGGAGAUCACGCUGCUGCUGUUGGGCUGCGCUGUGUCUGGCUGGAGGACGUGCAGGCUCUGACAGGAGAAACCUUCAGGACAGAUAAGACACCGGACCCCGCCAACUGGGAGUAUAAGUCUCUCUACCGAGGGGAUAUAGCAAGAUACAAGAGGAAAGGAGAUUCCUGCCUUGGUAUUAACCCUAAAAAACAGUGUAUAUCCUGGGAAGGGGCCUCGGCAGCAAAGAAGCAUUCACACAAGCAUGUCGAACGCUACUUUACAAAGAAGAAUGUGGGAUUAAUGAGCAUCGACGGAACUGCUGUUACAAGUCAAAAGGAACCUCUCUCAUCUGAGCCAAUUUCAUUUAUACCAGUGAAGGACUCAGAUGAUGGGGCUCCUCCCAUCACAACCUGGUUGAAUCCUCUGGGGAUUUAUGACCAGUCAACCACACAGUGGUUACAAGGACAGGGUCCUUCAGAACAAGAAUCAAAGCAGCCAGAUUCACAGCCAGACAGCGAGAAUGCCAUUCUCAAGGCCAGGGUAGAGGAGUUUAACAGGAAGAUUCGGGAAAAUCCUCAUGAUACUCAGCUCUGGAUGGCGUUUGUUGCAUUUCAGGACGAGGUCAUGAAAAGUCCUGGGCUGUAUGCCAUCGAAGAAGGAGAGCAGGAGAAGCGAAGGCGGUCCCUGAAGCUCAUUCUGGAGAAGAAGCUGGCCAUCCUGGAGCGCGCCAUCGAAAGCAACCAGAGCAGUGUGGAUCUGAAACUCGCUAAGCUGAAGCUCUGCACCGAGUUCUGGGAGCCCUCCACUCUGGUCAAAGAAUGGCAGAAACUGAUAUUUCUACAUCCCAAUAACACAGCCCUUUGGCAAAAAUACCUUUUAUUUUGCCAGAGCCAGUUUAGCACCUUUUCAAUAACAAAAAUUCACAAUCUUUAUGGAAAAUGUUUGAGUACUUUGUCUGCUGUUAAGGACGGCAGCAUCUUAUCUCACCCUGCGCUGCCUGGCACAGAAGAGGCCAUGUUUGCACUCUUUCUGCAGCAGUGCCACUUCCUGCGGCAGGCCGGCCACUCCGAGAGGGCCGUCUCUUUGUUCCAGGCUAUGGUUGACUUCACCUUCUUCAAACCUGACAGUGUGAAGGACCUCCCUACCAAAGUGCAGGUGGAAUUCUUUGAGCCUUUUUGGGACAGUGGUGAGCCCCGGGCUGGGGAAAAGGGAGCCCGAGGCUGGAGAGCAUGGAUGCACCAGCAGGAGCGGGGUGGCUGGGUGGUCGUCAACCCAGAUGAGGAUGACGAUGAACCAGAAGAGGACAACCAGGAAAUAAGAGACAAGACGCUGCCCAAGUGGCAGAUCUGGCUUGCUGCUGAGCGUUCCCGGGACCAGAGGCACUGGCGACCCUGGCGCCCUGAUAAGACCAAGAAGCAAACAGAAGAGGACUGUGAGGACCCAGAGAGGCAGGUGUUGUUUGACGAUAUUGGACAGUCUCUGAUUAGACUCUCUAGUCCAGGUCUGCAGUUCCAGCUGAUCGAGGCCUUCCUGCAGUUCUUGGGUGUGCCUUCGGGUUUCAUCCCUCCAGCCUCCUGCCUUUAUCUGGCCAUGGAUGAGAACAGCAUCUUCGAUAAUGGACUUUUUGAUGAAAAACCCUUGACUUGUCUCAACCCUUCGUUUUCCGGUGUCAGCUGUGUUGGCUGCAUGGACCAGAUAGGCUGCCCUCGCUGGACCAGGGGUCACAGUCGAGAGGGUGAGGAGUUCAUCCGCAACAUCUUCCACCUCGUUAUGCCUUUGUUUUCAACCAAGGAAAAGUCUCAGCUCUGCUUCUCCUGGCUACGGUACGAGAUUGCAAAGGUAAUUUGGUGUCUGCACACUAAAAACAAGAAGAGAUUAAAGUCACAGGGGAAGAACUGCAAAAAACUAGCCAAGAAUCUCCUUAAGGAGCCAGAAAACCGCAACAACUUUUGCCUCUGGAAGCAAUACGCACAUCUGGAGUGGUUACUUGGCAACACAGAGGAUGCCAGGAAGGUUUUCGAUACAGCGCUCGGCAUGGCCGGAAGCAGAGAGCUGAAGGACUGCGAGCUCUGUGAGCUCAGUCUGCUCUAUGCCGAGCUGGAGGUAGAGGGUGCGCUGUCUGCGGACUUGAGAGGGGCUGCCACAUCCCGAGCUGUGCACAUACUGACCAGGCUGACAGAGAGCGGUCCCUACGGGCCCUACGCUGGGCAGGUCUCGGCUGUUCACAUCUUGAAGGCUCGGAAAGCUUAUGAGCACGCACUGCAGGACUGUUUGGGUGAGAGCUGUGUCUCUGAGCCAGCUCCCCUGGUUAGCUUGGUGAAAUGCUUCAUGUUUUUCCAGUAUUUAACUGUAGGGAUCGAUGCAGCUGUGCAGAUAUAUCAACAGGUAUUUGCAAAACUGAAAGGCUCUGUUUUAACAGAAAACUCCAGCCUGGAGGACAGUGCCAGCUCCCAGAGUUUGACCAGUGUUCUCGAAGCCAUCACCCUGACUCACACAGGUCUGCUCAGAUUCCACAUGAACGUUAGCGUUUACCCCCUGACUCCGCUGCGAGAGGCACUCACACAGGCUUUAAAGUUGUUUCCAGGCAACCAGGUGCUCUGGAGGUCGUAUGUACAGAUUCAAAAUAAGUCCCACAGUGCCAGCAAGACCAGAAGGUUCUUCAAUACAGUCACCAGGUCUGCCAAACCCUUGGAGCCAUGGUUGUUUGCCAUUGAAGCUGAGAAAAUGAGGAAGAGGCUGGUGGAAACCGUUCAGAGGGUAGACGGAAGAGAGAUCCAUGCCACAAUUCCUGAGACCGGCUUGACACAUCGGAUCAAGGCCCUGUUUGAAAAUGCCCUGCGGAGCGACUGUGGCAGCCAGUGCCCCUUACUGUGGAGGAUGUAUUUGAAUUUUUUGGUUUCGUUGGGCAAUAAAGAAAGAAGCAAAGGUGUGUUCUACAAGGCACUUCAGAAUUGUCCCUGGGCAAAGGUGUUGUACCUGGACGCUGUGCAGUACUUCCCCGAUGCGAUGCAGGAGAUUCUGGACCUGAUGACUGAGAAGGAGCUGCGGGUGCGCCUGCCCCUGGAGGAGCUGGACCUCCUGCUCGAGGACUAGGCCCAGGAGGAAGGGGGCCUCCGAGGAGCCGCCUGCCCUGGGAGAGCUGGGGGCAGGAAGAGAAUGCACAAGCGUCAGCAGACCUGCUUGUGAAAUAUCCUUCCUUGGUAACCUGUGUCUGGGUUCUCAGCCUCUCACAUCUUGCACAUUUUGGGGUGUGUAAAUGACACAAAAGCUAUCAUUUUACAUAUUAUAUAUGUGCAUAUGUGUAUAUAUGUACAUAAAUGAAUCCUGCCAAGUGGUAAUAAACCUGUGAGGGUGAGGCUUGUGCGAGUUGUCCUGGCUCUGGCCCCACCACAGUGGAUAUACCCCUUCUCCCUUGUGGGCACCCCUGCUGUCCUGCCACACCUGGUUCGGUCUUAGAGGUCUGGCUGCUCAGCAUUAGGUCACCUCCUACAGGCUGCCUAGUGGGCGGCGGAGCUCGCUCUCAUCUUCAGACCAUGCCGGUGGAGAGGAUCAGCACCUGGUGUUCUGGUGGUAUCGAGGGUGCAGGGAGUGUCCCUCAUUCCGGGUCCUGCUUGGAGACACCUUCAUCCGUGGACUGGCAGCAUGCCCUCGGAGCUUGUGAGAGCUGCAGACUCUCAGGCCCGCCCAACCCUGCCGAGCUGUGGGUGCUGCCCGGGGCACUGAGGCUCCCUCUGCUAGGACACUUGCUGGAGACCAGGAUCUCAGAAGAGUGCUGGAUGGGGUGGGGCCUUUCCCACCAAACUCAGGCUGCCUACAGACUUGCUGGAGGUGCUGGAGGUGCUGGAGGUGCUGGAGGUACUGGAGGUACUGGAGGUACUGGAGGUGCUGGCGCCAGUCGCCUAGGACAGAAGGCCUUCUGGUUGUGACUUCCGAGGGCUGAAGGUGGAUCCUUCAGAAUGUUCGCGAGGGAGGAAUUGCCUUCUUGUCUUUCCAGGGUGCCUGUAGAUAGCUGCUCCCAGGGCUUUUCUUGUUAAAUUAUCAUCUUCAGACUUGUUGAAGCCUUGUAUUUCUUUGGCUCCUCAUCUAGAAAACCCAAAGUUGUGGGAAAUAAUUCUGGUUAGAAACUGAGCAAGACAAAUGAGGGAGGGCGGUGUAGUAAGGGCAUUUUCUAGGGCACCACAAGGAGGUGGCCAGCCUAGCCCGCUAACCACCCUCUCCUGCCUCCCUAAGACCCGAGCUGCAGGUGCCAUGAGCAGAGGCCCGGAUGGCUGCUUCCUUCGAUGCCUCUUCACAGAAACGCAGAAUUCAGGAAGCUCCAAGCUCAGCCAAGGUGGACAACUCUCAGCGCGCCCUGGCAGUUGAGGCUGUAAGGGGCCCAGUUCCUGGCUGCCCAUGGGAGGUCCUUUGCUGCCCUCACCCUCCGUAGGGGGCUUCUGGCCAGACACUGCAGCCUAUGCAUGGGCAUGACUAGGAAACCCAGGACGAGCUGCAUUGCUGAUGGCGGCAGGGCCUCCAUCACCAUCUUACUCGUUUCUGUUCCCGUUUGGCUCAGAACUUGGCAGGGACUGGCCUGUAAGUAACUUCCAGACCCAAUGGCAGUGGCAGCCUGUAGCUUGGGAACUUGGAGACUGUACAGAUGGGAAGUGACCCCCUGUGGUGGCAAAGCAGCUUCUCCGUUGCUUCCUGGUGCGUUACUUGCUGCGUGGGAAGAGAUUUAAAGAAAAUCAAAGGUUCUCUGUGGGGGAUAUUUUUAUAGAAAAGGAUGAUGAGGUACUUCCUUUUUUUCUUUUUUUUAAAGCCAUUUGAGAUUGUUAAAGUCUGAAAGAUGAUGAGGCUCCUCCCAAGACUAUAGUCACCCUGGCAAAGUUUCUGAGCUUAUUUGGGUCACUCAGUGACUGUGUGUUUCAUCAGGAAAGCAUCAGGCUUCAGGCAGCCCCAGUGAGGUUUGGACAGUAGUCUCCAGAACGAAGGAGGGGCGACAACCAUGUGCGGCUGGCUGGGUCUGUGGUGGGUGCAGGAGUUGUGAGGCACCUUCUGUGCUGUGUCCCUGGUGAGAAGAGGCAGCUGUGGUAGCUGCCACUUAGAAUACACACAUUCAUUAUUUUCCAUUUUAAAGAGAGACAUGAUGAUCGCUGGGAGACCAAUGCUUGUUGCAGAGGGAGGGAUGCGGCUCACCCUAAGGUGGUCCUGCUGAGCAAGGGUGUUUCUAGGCAGACAGAGCUGUCUCUGCCCUGCUCACCAGUGCAUGGAGCCAGGGAAGAAACUGCCCUCCCAGAGCGCUGUUUCCCGAGCCCUCCAUCCCUGCACCCCAGCAGUUUCAGCAUUGCUCAGGUCUGUCCAGAGG